AUGGACUCUGCUAUUAUCCCUUUACACUUACACUGGCCACCGCAGAUGGUGCGCCUGCUAAACAACGGCCCAUCCCUCGCGACAGCCGUUCUUCUCGCCGUUGUGGUGUCGUUUCUGAUCCAAUGGGCCACUGCGGACCGAUCCAUCCCCAAGAUCACGAGUUCCAAGUCCUGGUUUGCGACCAGGCAGGACUUUGCCGCCCACGGCGUCGAGAUUAUCGAGAAGGGUUUUCAACAGGUCAAAACCGGCGUGUUCCGAGUGACGGCUCUAGAUGGCUCCGACUUGGUCCUCAUCGCACCGGAACAUUGGUUGGCCAUUUGCAAGAAGAAGGAUGAAGAGGUCGCGCCCGCUCGCAAAGAGCUAACACGGCCCAAGUUCUUCCUGUGCGACUUGCACGGCGCACCCUUCGAAGAGCAUUACCUUUACAGAUAUCUCGGCGCACGCAUGCCGGGAUUUGACCGCUAUCUCGAUGUCAUAUCUGAGGCACUGGAUGAGGGCAUCUCCAGCAUCUUGGACAAAGACUUCGACUACUCCCAGGGUGCACGCAAGCGCGUCAUCAUGCAGCCCCAGAUCCUCCACGUCUAUUCGCACGUCAUCUGGCGAGUAAUCCUCGGCAACAACUUCAGGCCCGAAGUCGUCGACAUCUUCGAGACGUAUUCGGCGACGUUGAUCCCCGUGAUGAAGAAGCUCAAGGCGCAGAGGCCCAUGAUGGCGCGCAUCACCGCCGCCUUCUCGGGCGACGUGCGCCUCGUCAACGCGCAGCUGGAGCGGGCGACAGCCUUCUUCACGCCCAUCUUCCAGCAGUGCGCCGAGGCCUUUGAGAAGGGCCUGCCGGGCAGCUCGGUCGACAACGACUGGUUCGAGGAGCUGAUCCGCAUGGCGCCGGCCGAGAAGCGCCGCGACUACAAGUACCUCACCAACAUCCUGAUCGGGUUUGCCUUCACGUUCGUCUUCUCCCCCGGGCCGUCGACGACGCAGGUCGUCUACGAGUUCGCCUUCCGCCCAGACUACGUCGAGGAGGUGCUCCAGGAGGCGCACGAUGUCUUGGGAGAGCGCCCAGAGAGUUGGAGUUUCACGCGGGACAGCCUUCGCCGGCUUUCGCUGUUGGACAGCUUCUGCAAAGAGACCCAUAAACACCAUCCAACGGCCGCAUCCAACCUGAUGAAGAAGAUCCACAAGACCCAGACGCUGCCCAACGGGGUCGUCCUGCCGGCCGGCACCAUCUUCGAGGUCGUCAUGACGGCGGCGCACCUGUCCAACUCUAACCUCGAGGCCCCGGCCGAGUGGGACGGGCGCCGCUACCACGACCUGCGGCAGCGGAUGUCGUCGACGGCGACCGGCUCCAACAAGUACGACUGGGGCAGCGCGACGAGGGACGACGUCAACUUCGGCUACGCCUCCCACAUGUGUCCCGGGCGGUGGGCCGGGUGUUCCAUCGCCAAAAUGUUCCUCAUCAAGCUCCUAUCCCGCUAUGAUAUCGGCCCGGAGGAAGGGCACACCGAGAGAUAUGCAGACCUUCAUUCAGGCCAAUACAUCUUGCCUAAUCCUACGAAGCAUAUUCUGAUCCGACCGAGGCAGUAG